AUGGAGGUUGCAAAGGUUAGCAUGCUUAACGAUCUUAAUACAUUCUCAAACAACUAUUCGAUUAGAGUGAAGAUUGUUAGCAUUUCGAAGAAGAUGAUGAAUAAUAACAAAAAUGAAAUAUAUCGUCUUGAUAUGAUCUUCAUGGAUGAGAUGUUGGAUGAAUGUCUUCUUAUCACCAAACCUUCUCUUGCUACUAAUAAGUCCUCUGCUAAGUAUACCAAGAGAAAUGACAAAAUAUCACUGUAUUUCUAUACUUCUGUUGAGAAAUGCUUUGACUGGUCUGGACCGAAAUACCGUUUUAAUUUCGUUAACCUCAAGGAUGUUGUUAAAAAUAAAUUUGAAGUUAAUACAGUUAUUGAUUGGAUUGGUUAUGUGGAUGUAUGUUUCAAUCUAGAGGAUACGUCAAAGAAGGAUGGGAGCAAGGGCAAGAGACUUAAUCUUAGACUUGAAGACAUUGAAGGCCAAAAGUGUCCGGUUACUUUGUGGGAUGGUUUUGCUAUUGACAUGUUUGCUUACAUGAAUGAUAAGAAACGAGAGAAAUAUGUUGUUAUCCUUUGUCAUUUUGGUAUGGUCAACCUUUACAAAGGCAAGCGUGGUGUUGCAAACGGCUUUGAGCUAAGCAGACUUUUUAUUGACACUGACAUUAAAGAGAUAUUCUCUUUUAGGAAUAGGUAUGUAGAGAAAAUUUCUGCUUCAUCUUCAUCAAAUGAUCAUGUUGGUUCAAUUACAAAGAAGGUUUUGGUUGUUGGAACAAUUACAGCUAUAUGCACUGAUAAACUUUGGUAUUACAAUGGUUGUAACCACUGUAAGUCAGGUGUGGAGGAAAGAUUUGUAACGAAAGAAAAUCCGGAUGGUUUAUCUGAUGUUUAUCAUGAAAAAUCGUUGGUGUGUACAAAUGAUAAAUGUGAAGGAGUCGACAUCUAUUCUAUUCCCCGGUUCAAGAUACCUAUUAGGGUGCAAGACUCUUCCAGUACUGUGUCUUUGACACUGUUUGAUUUUGAAGCUUACAAGAUUCUUCAGAAAACUGCCAAAGAGUUAGUUUCAAUUCAAGAUCAGGUUGUUAAUUCUGGAGAGAUACCGAACUCAUAUCCUGAGAUCUUUGACACAUUGAUUGGAAAGAGGUAUGCUUUCAUCAUAAGUGUUAAAGACUAUAACAUUGAGCAUCAGGUUGAAAACUGUGGUAUUUCAAUGGCCACUAACGAUGAUGAGAUCCUUUCCGUGCUCUGCGCCAAAUUCAAUCUUAACCAGCAUGAGCAGUCCGAAUCGUUGGAUGUUCCAGAUUCCUGCAGUUUGUCUACUCCUGUUGACCUUAUGAAGGAUGAGAUGUCAUACUGCGGUGACAAUGUUACACCUGCAUCCCAUGCAGUUGUAGGCACUGAGAAUCCGUCUUCUGAUGAAACAAAACGUAAUAUUCGUGAAGUGUUCGAUGUGGAUGAUGCAUUAGGUUGCUCCUCGACAAAGCGCCGCAUUAGUGAUGAACUCUCUCAGGAUGAAGAUGCUGGUGUUUCAACGCUUUUGAUUCCAAAGAUUGAGAAAUAG